UGAAGGCAAGGGAAGGAGAAGGGAGCUGAAUUCAAUGGCAUUUAAUCUAGUCAUAUGUGCAUGUUCCACUUCUUUUGUUUGAUUUCCAGACCUCCCAAAAGUACACUAAAAAUAAAAUUUCGAACUGGGGAAAAGUUUAAAUGUCAGUUCUUCCUUAUGGAAGCCUUUGAAAACAUCCAUAUUCUAAUCAGCACAGCAGUUUCAACAGAGCUUACUUGUAUCGUUAUUUAAAAUUGAAUGUAUACAUUUUUUUAUUACUUGUAAAUGUGCUUUCGCUUUUAAAAUUUGCUAAAAAUGUCAGAUCUUUUGAGUUUCAGUCACAAUUUUUUAUAUUCAUAUAAAAAACAUAAUAACAGCUUUUUACAUCUGAUGCAAAAAAACAUUAUUAACAAUAAGCGUCAUCCUAUAGUAUUGGAUUUAGGAUUUCCUAUAUGCAUGCAUGCUGCAUAUUUUUUUUCCAGUAUGUUCCCAAACAUCAGUUGCAUUUUCAGAAACAUACCUGUGGCUGUGACUAUUAUAGGCUGGCCAUGAAAUGUCUUGGCUUGCUCAAAUAAUGCAAAUAAUUUUCAGAUAGUGUUUUAUGGUAAGGAUUGUAGGUGGAAGUGCUGAGUGAUUUUUGCAGCAGCAUAAAGGUUUUUAUUAGCAAGAUUGACCUGUCCUUAAACAUGUGACCGAAAGCAGAAUUUUGAUACUGAAUCAGCAGAUUAUGUUUUAAAUGUUCAAAAACUCAUUCCACAAUAAAGUGUAAGAGAACACUAUACCCACCUGAACUGAUAGCUUAAUUGUUGUAAACAAAUCCAGAUGCAGUGCCAGUUGUGUCAGUAUUGAUUCAUUGCUGUAAUAACAUUUGACAUUGCUUGCAAAUAGGAAUUUUAGGCUAUGUUAAAAACAUUUAUUUUCAAAAUUAACAAUUGUUAAAAUAAAGUCUAUAAAUCCAUUUGCUUUUAGAGUACAGGCAGUUGUGGGUUGUUAUCUUUGCAAAAUUGUGAAAUAAUUUCCCUGAAGUUAAAUAGCACUAAAAAACUGACACCAUCAGAGCACAGCUGGACUAACAGACUCAUAGCCAUAGUUUUCCCAUUUACUCUGGAAUGCCUUUAAUGCAAUGAAGUUUUAUACGUGUCACUAGGAUUUAGUAACUCUUAACCCAAAUCUAACACACAUCUCUUGUUAUUAGUUAUCACCGACAUUAUCAACCAUUCUUUGUUAACUGGUGCUGUACCCUUAUUUAAGCAUUCUGUUGUCACCCUAUUUUUAACAGGCAAAAAAAGCAAAAUAAAAUAAAAAAAAUCUUAACCCUAAUAACUUAAAAAUGUCAUCCUGUUUCAAUCUUCUUUUUCUGUUCGAAUCAAUUAUAAAAAGUUUCAGCUUCAGAGCCAUUUUGUCAGCCAUGAUCUUCUUAAACUACUUCAGUCUGCUUAUCUUGAGAAUCAUUCAAUUAUACUGGCACUGCUUUGAGUGUAGAAUGACUUGCUAUCUGCUUGUGACGACUUCUAAUGACUAUCAGUGCUGAAUCUGUCAGCUGCAUUUGAUCAUUAUAUCCUUUCUCAGCACCUUUGACUUUCAGUCUCUCUGGCACCAUUCUAAAUUGUUUUUUAUCUUACUUGACUGACCACACCCAUGUUGGCUGUUGAAGGCCCCAUAUCUAUGCCUACAACUUUGAAGCAUGGGGUCCCUCAAGACCUGGCUUAAGGCAAGCAAGGCUUGGACCACUUAUUCACUGUAUGCAUCCAACCACUUAGGCCUAGACUAGAGUGUCACAUAACUUUUAUAUUCUGAUGAUACACAGCUUUCAGGUCUGGACCACCACACAGCAAACAGUAGACACUGUGAAGGCCUGGAAAUCCACCAUAAAACUGAAAGUGAAUGAUGACAAAGCUGAGAUCAUUCCAAUAGUUUGAAAAUAAAUACCAUCCAUGUCUGCUUUAACUUUUCUUUAGGAUAUACACCUCUCUUUCCAUGUCUCUGAGGAGUCUCAGUGUUGUCAUCAGUGCAUCAUUGUCCCAUAAAUCUCAUUUGGUCAGCCUGCCUUUAAAUUUUCUUCCUUCUCAGUUCUGACCCUUGCUGUCAGGUUUUGCCUCAUGUCUGCUUUUGUGAUGUCCUGACUGGAUUACUGCAACUCACUUCUUGCCAAUUUUCCUAACUGCCUAUGGAUAACCUUUGAAAUUAAUUCAACUCAUACUGUCUGUCUCCUAUAGGCUAAAAAUAUGGAUCAUGCUGCACCCUUCCUUUGCAAGGUACACUGACUUCCAGUUUCGGCUCACGUUAAUUAUAAAACUGCUGCACUGGGUUGCAGGUGUCAUUGCAAUCUGUUUGUGUCAUACAUUAAAUUGAAAAAAAUUAUCUGAUUAUUCUUCUUCUUGUCUGGUCUUACUGUUUGCAAUGCUAUUGCCAUAAAAAGUCAACCUAAAUUUUGCAUUAGUUGAUUGGUCUAGAAAUAAAAGUUUCUAUCCAUGUAUGAGUUUUAAUUUUUUUGAAAAAUGAAAUUGGUUGGCAACAACUUAAUUUUAUUGAGUGUUGCAUAUGAUGUCAAAAUGUACACAAAGAUCUUCUUACCAAUAAGGGAAGUAGAAGGAAAGACAAAAGAAUAGAUAAAAGACAACACUCUUGAGUGGGCAGGUCUAAUGGUACCAUAUCCAAAUAAUUGCAGAAAACUAAAAGAUAUGACUAAAGUGUAGAUAUGAAGUUCUGUAAUAUUUCCAAAGCUUUAUUAUGAAGAAAUACUAAGAAUGCAUAAGGAUGAGGGAAAAAUGCUAAAGAAGGAUAUUAAAUUAACAGCUGGCAUUUCUUUUUCCAUCUAAUAAAAUUUUAACUUAUAAAAACUUAAAAUGUAUGCAGAACACUCCCAAAAGAAUACAGAUGCUUCCUUGACAUCAUCAAAAUUUCAGACCAAACCAACAAUAUCCCUACCCCUCCCUCCAAAAAUUACUGAAUAAUUUCAAAUGCAACAUAACUCUUUUCCUCCAGCACAUAUUCACCAAAGCUAUUUACCUGUGAAGUCUGUGUUGUAAAAAUCAUUUUGUUUACAUAAAAUAUUUGGUGACUUGUGUUUAUUGUGUUUAUUAUUUUCCACUAGAGGAAUAUACAGUUUUUUGUUACCAUUUAAAAGCGAAGAUCUUACGUUUAUAAGCUUUACGAUAAAGGAAUCAACAAAAAAGUGCUAAAGAAUGCAGAAAGAAAGUCUUGAUUGGAUGUAAUGAGGAGAAACAAAUGUGCAAAUGAUAAUAAGACAAAUCAUUUAUGUGUAUAGAAAAUGAAGAUGACUCAAAAACUUCUAAGCAAUGCUGGCUGAAAUCUUCGGACAUAAUAUAGAAAUCUCAUUCUCCUAACAGCACAGUUCACAAGAAUGUUUCAAAACAUAGUUCUCAGCAAAUCAUGGUUACCACUAUGCAUUGAAUUUGCAAGUAAUAUAAAUGUAACUUAAAAACUAAUUGUGCCUGUUUUCAUGGAUUUUCCCUAGCAGAUUCAUUUGUUAGAUAUAUAUGGUACUAGGAAAGAUAUUAAACGUUCACUGCCUUACUUUCUCCUGCCAACUCUUGAACUGUGAUUUUAUUGUCACCUUUAGUUCGAUCACUUCAUUUGAGUCAAGCUUAUUCAGCUUAAUAAUUGAUAAACACGGUGUCAGUGUAGUAAAAUUGUGAAACACUUGUUCCAAGAAUUUGAUGCACCUGUGAUCAAGUUCGAUGUGCCAAUGCUUUUAAUGCUUGUUCUUGAUGUCUCUUUGCUACAUCAACAAAAAAGUGCUAAAGAAUGCAGAAAGAAAGUCUUUAUUGGAUGUAAUGAGAAACAAAUGUGCAAAUGAUCAGCUUUAUUGGUCCCAGUGGGCAAUAUAAACAUGGGAAGUAGCUCUAGUUUUAUUUUUAACUUACUAUAACUCGAGCACUUUCCCAUGUUUAAAUUGUCCGCUGGGACCAAUAAAGUUUGUCAUUGUCAUUGCUAACUGACUAUGGCUUGCAGCUCAGUUUUGCUUUGUUGUAAUUGUUCUAGCUGCAUGCUUCUGACCAAACAUAAUUUGUGACCUUCCCCUAGAUAAAAGCAUUCAGAUCUGGAAAUUUGUCUUUAUUUCUGUCUCACUCUUUUUCUCUCUCAUUUUCUAAUAGGGUGGGAUGUUGAUGUCAGUGAUGAGAAAAACAUGACGUCAGUAACACCAGAAAUAAUUGCCAAAAUUUACUCUGAUAAUUUUUCUUUGGCCCCAUCAGCAAUGCAUUUAUAGGUAGCAUAAAAUUUAAUGUAUAGGUGUGCCCCUGUCUCCAUAGGUAAUAUAUUAUAUACAUCCCAAGACCUACCACAGAAAAAAGAAUGCAGGCAAGUUCUGCAGGUAAGCAUGGAAUAAGGACAAAUGAAGAUGAGUCAAGUACUGGACAUAUUUGAACUUUUGGAUUUCACCGGGUUAUGACCUGUUUUUGAUUGUAGUACAAGCUGUUUAAUUUUCUCUUUAAUUUUCCUUUUUUUUCCUUCUUCGGCGAAUUGUGGAUAACAGAAACUGCACCCUCUGAACCAGUGGGUAUUGGGGCAUAAUUGUAAAUUUCCUUUGAUGCAAAAUACUUGAACCAGACAUGGUGUAAAACCUUCCUGUAGAUCAAAGGAGUUCUUUGCAAAAUGCAGUGGGAAUCUGAAUAGCAUUAAAGCAUUCAACACUCUGCUUUAUUUUUAAGAUGGCUGCUUAGCAUCUCAUUUGGUUCAAUUUUUUUUCCAUUCAGAGUCCAGUUACCUUUUCUUGCAUCUGCUCUAGUCCUUUGCUUGUGGAAUCUUGCUGCCACAAAUGUCACCACAUAUAAUUAGUCUUCAUAAAAAAGACCUUACCCACAUCCUCCCCUGCCCCAUUCUGUCAGAAAAACACUAAGACCCAUUAUUCUGUACACAUAUCAAUGACCAUAAAAGAGAAAAGCUUGUUUUGAUACAAUCAAAGGAAUUCCAGUCAUUUAAUAUGAAACAGUGCCAUAAAUAUGAGUGUUUUAUAAAAGCAAGUAUCUCAUAUUAUCUUUUUUGUCUAAAAAGUGCUCAGAUCAUGCUCCUUUGUUAAUGUUAUUAUGCGCUAUGUAAAUCGCAGAUUUAUUAUUAUUAUUUUGAGCAUUCCAAAAAAUAUAGACUGGCAAGCGAAGACAGCUGGGAUGACAUGGAUCCAACUGGGGAGGGUCGCCCAGAAUCAGGUCCGUUGGGUUGGUGUAGUUGCAGCUAUAUGCUCCACUGGGGGCAGAAAGGUCUAAGAAGAAGAAGAAGAAUCAUUUGACUUUGCUGUUGUGAUUUGUGCUGUAAGGUUAUUCUGGUUCUUAUACAGAAGUAACCUAUAGGGUACAGAUCAUGUUCUUAUCAUUUUCACUUCUAUGUCCUUGUUGCUUUAAAAAAAAAAAUUCCUUUAGUUAUUCUUAUGAAUGACUUAUAUAAUUAUCAGUAAAGGUAUACAAAUCUUGAAAUUUUUAGUGUAAAUAAGGAUGCAAUCUUGAUGUUCCUACUUUUGAGCAGAGGCUUGUAACAUCUUACUCUGGGCUGUUAGCUGAAUAACGAAAUCAUCGGUGAUCACAUAACCAUGUCAGACAUGGAGGCAGAGGUGGAGGAAGCAUCAUUCUUGCCAGGUGAAAAGAUUUUAAACAAGAAAGCUGUAUAUGAGCCAUCAUCAACACAGCGGUGCCAACAGUUGGUAUGCAGUCGUCGCUGGGCAGUGUCAAUAUUUGCAGGAAUGGGUUUUUUCGCUUUACUUAUUGCUUCAAUUGCUGCCUUUGCUCGCCCUUCUGUUUCUUGCCAAACAGGAAGCAACAUUCCAGCACUCCUGGAAACGGCUUCUCCAUCAGCAACAUCUGCAAAAAGUAGCAUUCUUUUGGCAACUAACGGCCAACCAUUUCCUUGGAAAGAUAUUCGUUUGCCUAGGAACAUUAUUCCUGACCACUAUCAUAUCUUCAUUCACCCUAAUCUGUCACAGUCACAUUUCUCAGGAAAUGUCAAUAUUUUUGCUUUAGUUGUAAGUGCUACAGACUUUAUUGUAUUUCAUGUAAAGGAUCUAAAUAUCACAGAUGUUAAAGUUUUAAGAGGAGAAGUGGAAGUUGAAAAGAAGACACUCUUAGAAAACAAACAGCAUGAACAGAUAUAUCUGAAACUGUCAGACAGCCUGGCUAAAGGCACCAAGAUUAAAAUUAUUGUGCAUUUUGAGGGAACUUUGGAGAACAAACUGGCUGGCUUUUACAAAAGCUCCUACAAGACAAGUAAAGGUGAAAUAAGAAAUAUUGCCACCACACAUUUUGAGCCCACAGAUGCCCGAGCGGCAUUCCCUUGCUUUGAUGAGCCAGACAUGAAGGCCAACUUCUCCAUGACGUUGAUCAGAGAGAAACAUCAUAUAGCACUUUUCAAUAUGCCUCUGCUUACGACAACAACAUACAAGAAUGACUUGAUGCAAGAUGACUUUGAAACCAGUGUUCAAAUGAGCACUUACUUGGUUGCUUUCAUCAUCUGUGAUUUUAAGAAUGUCAGCAGUGUAACACAACAGAAUGUUUUGGUUCGGGUCUUUGCUCCAGAAGAACAGAUUCACAUGGCACAGUAUGCUCUGCAAGUGGCUGUCAAAGUCUUAGAUUACUACACCUCCUUUUUUGAUGUGCCUUAUCCACUACCUAAACAAGACAUGGUUGCUAUCCCAGACUUUGGAGCUGGGGCAAUGGAGAACUGGGGACUCAUCACCUAUCGCAUGACAUCCAUUUUGUAUGACCCUUUGCAGACCUCUGCUUCAGGCAAACAAUGGAUUGCCACUGUUGUGGCACAUGAGCUUGCUCACCAGUGGUUUGGCAACAUAGUUACUAUGGAAUGGUGGGAUGACCUGUGGUUGAAUGAAGGAUUUGCAUCUUUUAUGGAGUACAUUGGAGUUAAUAUUGCCGAUGCAGAUUUUCACAUGGAAGAGCAAUUUGUAUCUGAUUCCCUGCAAAAUGCACUGUUUUUGGAUAGUUUCACCAGCUCACAUCCUAUCCAGGCACAAGUCAAGAACCCAGCUGAGAUCAAUGAGAUUUUUGACAAGAUAUCUUAUGACAAGGGAGCAUGCUUGAUACGAAUGCUUCAGAGUGUGGUUGGAAAGGACCAGUUUCAGAGAGGAUUAAGCACAUACCUCAAGUCCCAUGCCUACGGUAAUGCACGCACAGCAGACCUGUGGGACGCUAUACAAAGUGUCAGCAGUAUGUCAGAUGGGCUGACUGUGGCACAGAUGAUGGAUACAUGGACAAUGCAGAUGGGGUAUCCAGUCAUAUCAGUGAGUUCGGCUCCUGGUUCUGGGAAUCUUACUCUCCGACAAAAUCGGUUUCUGCUGGGCUGCCAGCUGUGUAAUCAAGACAGCAACAAUAUCUCACCAUUCAACUACACAUGGAUUGUGCCUUUCCAGUAUAUAACAUCUGCAUCACCAGAUAAACCACGCCUUGUGUGGAUAAAUGAAAGGGAAGUCUCAGUGCCAUACCCAAGAGAUGUGCUGUGGAUCAAGGGAAACUACCGGUCACUGGGUCUAUACCGUGUCAAUUAUGAAGAAACUAUGUGGAAGAAAAUAAUAGAGCAGCUAAUGCAACAAGCCGAAGUAUUCAGCCCUGAAGACCGAGCAGGCUUACUUGAUGAUGCCUUUGCCUUAGCCAGGACUGGCCAGCUGAAGUAUUCAAUACUGUUUGAGCUUCUGGCCUAUCUGAAACAUGAGACCCACCUUGUGCCAUGGGAGACAAUCAUUUCUGCUUAUUCUUUCAUCAAAAAUAGAAUGUACCUGACUGAUGAGUAUCCUAUUCUUCAGGCUUACAUGCUGGAUCUUGUGUCAGGACAUCUGUCAAAUAUGGGCUGGGAAGAGAAAAAUGGUCAUUUGGAUCAGUUGUUGCAGGAAAGGUUAUUGUCCUUUGCAACACAACUGGACCACAGACCCACUAUUGAUGCCGCUAGACAGAAGUUUAAUGCAUGGAUGGAAAAUAGCACAAGCAUCCAGUCCAAUCUACGGACUCUAGCAUACAAGACUGGUGUAAAGUAUGGGGAUGACAAAGCAUGGCAGUAUGUCUGGCAGAAGUAUCUCAGUUCAACCAUCCCUACAGAAAAAAGACAGAUGAUGCAAGCGCUGGCAAACACUAUGGAUCCCCGUCGCUUACAGCUGUUUUUGAGAGACAGUUUGAACAAAGAGAAGAUACGUACACAAGAUGUUGAUACUAUCAUUCGUGGAGUUGCAAACAAUAAAGCUGGACACAUGUUUUCUUGGCACUUCGUGCAGCAGAACUGGGAUACUUUAUAUCAGCGAUAUGGAGAACAGUCAUUCAUGUUUGGCAACAUUAUUAAAGGUGUUGUAGAACCCUUCAACACGCAGUAUGAUUAUGAAAAUGUGCAACAUGUUUUUGCGAACCAUCAGUUGGGAAGUGGAAGGAUGGCAUUGAAGCAAGCUUUAGAGACUGUGCAGACACACAUUGAGUGGACUGCUAGAUAUCAACAGGACCUUAGCAAGUGGUUAAAUGAAUAUUCCACACGAACAUAGACAACUUGGUCCUGCUGCUGUGGAAGUCAUGGAACUUAUAAGACAUUCUUCCUUCAGUAGUUUGUUUUAUAAUUUAAUGGAUCGCUUAUUAAUCCUUUAUUUGCAGCAUCAGCCAACAAAAUGUAUGUAAACAAAAUGAAUAUUACACCUUGAGCACUCAAUUUUAGACUAAUGAAAGACUAAGAAGUGAACAGAGAUUAUUUCAUAAGUAUGUAUUUUGUAACAGACUGCUUAAUUAACUGGCUAAUUAAUUCAUUGGUCUAUACGCAUGCAUACUCCAACAUGCACACACAUAGUGUGCAAACAGAUAUGAAGAAAACGUCCUCGAAUUGCACGUCAGCUUACCAUAACUGGUCUUGGUCCAUGUUGUCCCUUUAGUUGUUAAAGUGCAGUGACACUCUGUACUUGUUUCCUGCCAAAUGACCUAUGGUGAUAGAUGUGAUGUGUGCAUACCCCCACUCGGAACUAAAUCAAAGCCAGCGCUAACAUCCCCUUUUACUAGGAAUUACUAAAAUAUCCCCAUUCCAUGCAAUCGCCUAUUAUCUAGAAUUGAAAUACUAGAAUUGUCUUCCUUUUAUUUAGAGUUAGCUUAUCUGUUUGCUUUGAUGCUGAUGUGGACCUAAAAUUACAGCAUGCUUAAGCGUGACACCAAUUUAUUGCUCUAUGCUUCUGCAAUUUUGUGAUGGUGUGUGACAUGUUGCAUGUUCUCAAGAACUAAAUAAGAUUUAAUUUAUAAGUAAAGUGCAAGGAAUAAUAGGGAGAAUAAAGGAAGAGUAGCCUUGUCCUCAGCUGCUCUGUCUUACUCUGCCAUAUGGACUUGACAGAUUAGACCAUGUUUUAUGUUCAAUCAUUGUGAUUACACUUAGUUUAUAAACUGUGAAUAAAUAGGUGGAGAAAAAAAUGGUAAGUAAAUUGCAAGCUUUUUAACAUUGUCAUCACUGUAAUUUGAGAAUGACAUUGUCAUUUUUCCAUAAUUACAGGUCGUCAGAUCUCCACUAAACCUCUCUGUCUUUCUAAACCUCUUGUCUCUCUGUCUUCAGUCUUCAUUAUUCCUUUUUUGUCUCAUUCUAUUUUGUGUGUGUGUGUGCACUCAUGCCCAUUACUCACUAUAUUCUCUUUCUUCUUACCUGCAUGUAAUGAGGAUGUACUGCAAGCAGCAUGUCCAUUAUACAUGUUUCUUCACUUGAACAGCAAACAAUAUGUUUCAUUUACUUGUUUUCUUUCUGACCUCAGAAGACAGCACAAUAACAGUCAGCUAUCUUUUCUUCCUCACAUCAGGUCUCAUCUUUGCUGCUGAAAAGCUCUGCUUGAUCUUUCACUACCAUGUUAGCUGGGGGUGUCUUUCUUCAUCUGUAUCCUGCCCUGGUCCAUUCCAAGCUUUCCAUCAUUUAUGGCUCAGCUUCUAUCCAUCAUCAGGGGCUUGACAUCGACAUGGAUGCCUUGAACACAACUGUACAACUCUUGUACACAGAUGCUGGUGAUCCCCUUUCCCAUUUCUCUUUGCCUUCUGAAACAUGGGCUUAAAAUCUCAUUUAGAAACCUUGCAAUCUGUAUCAUUUUUCAUCCUGAACUUAAUGGCCUUUUAUGACAUUUGUAAUAAGGAGCAAAAGCUAUUAUUUCUUCAGGCAGAGGUUCCUGGAAUAUUUCUCAUUCAGGUAGAAUUUCUUUCUCUCCUUGGAAUAUUCCUGUUUAAGAGAUUUGCUUUCAUCUUACAGUUAAAAAAAAAGUUGAUGCCAGUGAACUUGUUUUUCUUUGUUGUCUGUAAGAGAUCCUCUUUAUCAUGGCUACUGUUCUAUCUGUACUAGUGGCUCAAAAGUCCCAGAUGGCUGUCCUGUCAUAGCAGCAGCAGCAGUUCCAUCCUGCAGAUCAUGAUAUAUUUGUUCAGUACUCCAGCAAAUGGCAGAUUAAUUUUUUUGGCAGGACUUCAUGCCAUCUUUGUAGUCUACACAUCCACUUGUCUUCGGAGCAAAACUUCAGGUUGAGAUUCACAACAGAUUCACUGUCAGCCCUGUAAAGUAUCCUUUCUUGUCACCUCUCAUGGUCCAGCUUAUACUGUCCAACAAGGACAUUGUUUUUAUCUGGACUUUCGGCCAUGCUGACAGUUACAUUACCAGUAACUUGCUAUUUAUAGUCACUAGUGUCUGUUGACUGUCAGUCUAACAUUAGGAUCAGCAUUCAGUCUCAGUCACCAGGAUUCUUUGGAUAAUGAGAAGUUACAUGCCUUCCUUCCCUGUCUAUUUUGGGCAAUCAGGUGAUGUUACGGUUAGCGCCUGUCACCAAUACAGUGAAGAUUGGCUGUCCUGGGUUCAGCUUUCAUCUCGGACACGCUGUUCUUUCUCUGCAUGUGGCAUCUGUUUUCAGGCCUGGCUGCCUUGCCAUGAUACAUGUAUAGUCUUAGUUGCUGGCUUGGCGUAAAACACCUAUUCCCCCAAUUCCCCUCUCCCUGUCGUUUGGACCACCUUCCUUUAAGCUGUUUUGUGCUGCAGAAGAAGGUUGUUCUUUUGCAUACCGAGUAGGACGCACUAUUUUUAUUUACCUAUUGCAUCUUGUUUUAGUGGCCGCAGAUAUAGCUUUUCUUUUAACUUAUUUGUAUUUCUAGUCACCCAGUGCUAUCUCUCACCCUGAUAAUUCCAGCCUAUGUUGCUGGUAUGGUGUACGACAUCAGCAACACAAUAAGGUCUAUAGGGAAGCCUUUUUUAAAAAAAAAUUAUGAUAUAAAAACUGUGUUCAGUAGUUUCACAAUUUUUUUUUAACUGAAAAAAGUUUGAGUUCUGGUUUUGAAUUUACAUUUAAAAGUGAUGUUUUGUGUUGUUAAAAAGAUUAUAUUUAGCAUGUUUCUUUGCAUUGCAUAUAUAUGGUAAUUUGUGCAGCUUUAAUUGAUACAUUGUUUGUAAGUAAUAUGCAGCUUGUGUUGCUGUCUUUUGUAAAUAAUCGGUAUUAGGCAAGUUUUGUUUUGGAUUGUUAACAACUAGUAUUUUGUAUUUUACUUUGUUUAGAAAAAUUAUUAAUAAUGGAAUUUGGCUAGUGCUACUUUGCAUUCUUGGUAUUUGCAUGUUGCUUUGUUUGUUUAAUAAAGUAUAUGAGAGGUCAGUGAUACAUAAUGUGCCAUAUUUUUGCUUUAAGAAUCUCAUUGUUUAAGAAUGUGGUAUAUUUUUGGUUGAUUUUGCAUUUGAUUGCAAAAGACUGACAAAACACUUGGACAUUUAUUUCUUUACCUGUGCAGAAGCAUUCCAUUUAGGUACUGUAUUUGAUAUAGAUACAUGUCUUUUUGAAAUAAAUGUGGUCUUAGGCUUACCAGACUACAAAAUUGUUUUAAAA